CUGUAUAGUUCAUUGAAAAAUUUAGUUCAAAGACAAAAUAAAAAGAAUUAUAAGAAGUUUUUGUCAAUAAUUAACGCAAAAUUAUAUAUUAUACAAUGUCUGUGGUUCACAAAUUGCGUUUAUAUCUGAUGUGUACAAGUGGAGAAAAACAUAAAUUGAAUUGUAACAAAACGCACUGAGGAGCAGAAAAUCAAUAUUAUCGCUCAAAUAGAAUAGAAAAAUUUGCUGCAUAGUUUUCGUUACCCAAAGGGCGCAGCACGAUUGUCAAAUUAAUAUCGGUUGUGAUAAUGAAAACAUAAAUAAAAGAAAAAUGUGGUGCAAUAUUUAGAAAAUAUUUGUGUUCAACAAUAAUAAUAGCAUAUCUAUAAGAACUAUUGAAAAAACAGUGCGCCAAUGCGAGUUUUUUCGGCGCUCUGUUGGAUUUUAAUGGCUUUUGAUACAUGUUAGCACUUGCCGUGGCCGGUACAUAACUUGAUUGGCCUAAAUAGAAACGUGUUCACUUGCUAAAAGAGUUUAAACAAAAGACUACAGGUGCCAAACAACUGAAUGAUGUUUAAUGAAUUUGGUUACCGCUGCAUUAUCUCUUAAAUGCAUCGCUAAAACAUUAUAGUGGAAGGGGCAAUUCCUCGGAGAAGUGUCAAAACUGCACACCAAACGACUUAUUUAUUUUUUAAAUUUAUAUACAAGUUUUAACUGUUAUGAGGUACACAGGCUAACCUACAAUAAUUGAUUUGUCAUCAUUGUUGGUUGCGGUGAAGUACGGGUGAGCGCUUGCAUAAAUCGUAACUAACCAGUAUGAAGGAGAUGGUCGGCGGAUGUUGUGUUUGUUCGGAUGAGCGUGGAUGGCCCGAAAAUCCGCUCGUCUAUUGUGAUGGUCAGAAUUGUACUGUUGCCGUGCAUCAAGCUUGUUAUGGAAUUGUAACUGUCCCAACGGGACCAUGGUAUUGUCGCAAAUGCGAAUCUCAAGAACGUUCAGCUCGUGUGCGUUGUGAAUUAUGUCCAUCACGUGAUGGAGCACUUAAGAAAACCGAUAAUCAAGGAUGGGCACAUGUGGUAUGCGCUCUAUACAUACCGGAGGUACGUUUCGGUAAUGUCACCACAAUGGAACCGAUUAUUUUGCAGUUGAUUCCACAGGAGCGUUAUGCAAAAACUUGUUAUAUUUGCCAGGAGUCAGGCAAACCCAAUCGCGCCACCGUCGGUGCCUGCAUGCAGUGCAAUAAAUCGAAUUGCAAACAGCAAUUUCAUGUAACAUGCGCACAAAGCUUAGGCUUAUUGUGCGAGGAGGCUGGCAACUAUUUGGACAAUGUCAAAUAUUGUGGCUAUUGCCAACACCAUUACGGAAAAUUGAAGAAGGGUGGCAAUGUUAAGACCAUACCGCCCUAUAAACCCAUAACACACGAUACGUCGUCUGACUCGAGUUUGUCACCCGAAAAGGAGCUCGAUUCCGGUAUGAAUGCGACUGCCUCAUCAACUUCGGCGACAAGCAUCAAAAUUACCACUAAUAUAAAUACUGCGUCUACCACGAAACAGCGUAAAUCAUCCACCGCCUCCAAACAAUCAAACUCAUCAUCGUCGUCAUCUAGUGCUGCUGCAGCAGCUGCCUCUUCAAGCGGGUUUGCUAGCAGCCUACACGGCAGCAAUUUCUCAAAUUCCAACACUGGGUCUGGUAAUAUUAAUCUAGGGGGCGUUGGUGUUGGUUCAAGUGGUUCUAAUAACACUGGCAACAUAUCAGCCAAUAACUCGUCCAUUGGUAGUGGCAAUUCGUUGAGUGGAGGAGCGGGCGCAAGUUCCACAACGAAUCUGAAAAAUUCUUCGAACAGUUCGGGCAGCUAUAAAGAAAAGGAUAAACAUAGUAAAAAUGUCAAUAAAACAUCAAGUUCGAGCAAAGAGAAAGAUGGCUCUUCAUCGUCGUCAUCAUCGCGCGAUUCCCGUGAGAAAUCAUCCAAAUCGUCUAAAAACAAAGAGUUCUCCAAUAAUAAUCCAAUGAGUGGCGUAUCCAUGAAUAGUUCAAAUGCCACAUCAGCUAGUACAGCGCUUAAUAUGAGUAGUUCCAUGCAUGAUAGCCAUAGUCAUGGUGGCAACCUGUCCACUCAAAGUGCAGCACAAAAUCUUACAACUACAUCGACAGCCUUGAGCAUGAGCGCUAGUGGCAAUUCAAAUAGUAGCAACAGUGGCAGCAAAGAGGCAACCAAGUCGUCUGGUACUUCGAACACAGUUGGAAAUAGUGGUUUUGGUGGCAAUAACAACGCGGCGGACCUGCAUGCCAGCAGCACUGAUAACAGUAACUUUGGCGGCGGCACGCAUAUGGACACUGCCACAAGUGUGGGUAGCAUAAACGUGAACUCUGCAAAUGGUGGUGGCGGUAUGACAAGUGCUGGUGGCAAAAGCUCAGGUAGUUCAGUAGCGAAGAAGCGAAAAGCCGAUUCAAAAUCAAAUAAUAGCCUAGGAGACGACAUAAAUAGCCCAUUUAGAGAUAUGAUUAAAGACGUCAGUGUUACGUUAACGCCAUUAACGGAUUUUGAAAAGGAAAUCGAAAAGAGUGCGAAAAAGCAAAAAACUGAACUGAGUCCACCCGCACAUCAAACACACAGCAACGAUGCGAAUAGCACGCAAAGCGGUAGCAACGGCUCUGGCAACAGCAGCCACAACUCGGCCUCAUCAGGUACAACAUCCGCUUCAAUAUCCGCCUCAAUCGCCUCCUCUGCGGCGGCAUCAACACUCUCCACCGCCACCGCCUCGCACAAAUACACACUCUCAACGGAUGCCAAAAAUGGUGGUGGUGGUGGUGCAACAAAUUUAAGCACCAGCAAUAUCAACUCGUCGGCGUCGAAUGCACAUAAAUCCAACACCGCUGGCAAUAUAAAUAACAACAACAACAGCGGUAGCAAUUCAAAUGCCCAAAAUUACACCAGCGCAAAGGAGCAGCAUCAUCGCGAUGACCGUUACACCACACAGGCGCCAACGAACAGCGCUGCUAAUGCCGCCAGCAAUGCAGCGAAUGCGGCAGCCAACGCGCCCAGCCUAUAUGUCUCUGUGCCACUUUCCACCGCCAAUGUACCUGGAAUCAAUUUGCCAACAAGUAGCGCAGCAGGUGGCGCAACAGAUCACCAUGCCCCACCGUCACAGUCGACGCGCGCAGCUGCAGCAGCUAUAAGUCAGCAGCAACAACAUCAGGGUGGUGCUGCAACAAUUAAUAUGACGGCGGGCAGCACGUCGGGCACGCAUGCGACUGCCACAUCCACAGCACUCGGUGCUGUUGGUGGUGGUGGUGGUGUUGGCGCUAGUGGACUGUUGGAGCGGCAAUCGCCACGCAUUCAUCAUCAACCGCCGGCGCUUUCCGAACAUCACAGUAAUAGUAACAGCAGUUAUUUUGCUAGCUCGGCAACUGGUCUGCCAACAACGGCGCAUAGCAGUGUCAUACAUCAGAGCGGUAAAUCGCCAUCGGGCAAUAUGAUGUUGAGCGCAAGCAGCAAUCCCAAUUUGAUGGCCACCACAACGGAGACUGGCAACCUGAAAAUCAGUUAUGAAAAGCAAACAACGCGUGUCAGUCAGCUGCAAGAGCAGGAAACAGCACCAGUGCGAAGGAGCAGAUCGCGUUCGGGUGAGAGUAGUAUGCAAGCGUUACAGGCGCAACAUCUACAACAACACCAUCAACAGCAGCAGCAGCAACAGAGUGGCCAAUCACAGCAGCAGCAGCAACAACAACAAGCGAUGGCAACACAAAAAACCAAUUCUCGCUCCGGUAAGAAAAGGGCCGCAGCUGCCGCAGCAGCAGCCGCCGCUUUGGGUGGCAAUAAAAAUCGCGAUUCACCAAUUGAAAAGCUAACAAAAUCAUCACCGUCGCCAAUACAACAACAUUUUCGCAACGAAUUAGCAACGCCUACACCACCACCAAACGCACCCUCACCACUGUCACUGCCACCGCCCAGCGCUUCGACACCGACACCAACACCCACACCUACACAUACACCGUCACCAUCGCCGGUUGUAAUGUUGCAAGGCAGCAGUAACAGCAAUGCUUCCAAUACAGCAUCACCAACAAGGCAAAAGAAUGCCAACGGCAACGGUGGCAACGAAGCAAACGGCGCUGGCAACAUGAAUGCCAAUGGGGGAAGUAAUAAUGGUGGCGGUGUCAGUAGCACUUCAACAAAUAUGGUCGCGACGAAUCUUACGCUGGCUGGUGCAACAUCCAGCUCAGGACUCACAUCCGCGGCCACUUCCUUCGCCAGUCAUGAUUGUGACAAUGCUGGUGCUACUGUCAAAUCGGGUAACAACAACGGCGAAGUGGUUAAUCUUAGCUCUAAUCAGGGCGCUUUAAAUAAUGCCAGACGUGGUGGUGGUAAUGCCUCAAGUACUGCAGUAGAAGGUAGCAAUAUGGGCGCCACCGGUGCGGGUGCGUCUGGUAAGAACACAAACGAUGCACCUUUGAUAACCACAAAUGUAGGUGGGAAACCACUGAAUAAGAAAUUGUUACGUGCUCAACAAACGCUCUAUCAGCAACAGUUGGCCGCGCAGCAACAACAACAGCAACAGCAGCAACAACAAAAGCGUUCACCUGAUCACAAAAAUGGUGGCGGUAGAAAUGCAAAUCCCACCACAGGCGCAACUGCUGCCACUUCCUCCACCUCCUCAACCAGUUCCCCUUCCUCUAGCACGGCCACAGUAUCGCCUGCUAAAGCUUUAAAUAAUCUAACGAAUACUAAACCUAAUAGCAAUCCUUCCAUUGCUCCUCCCUCAAGUAACACUGCAACAUCAACUGCUUUUACUAACUCAACCACUAGCCACAAUUUGAAUAACAGUAGCAAUAGCAAUAUUAAUAACGGCAAUAGUAGUAGCAAUAGCGCCACUAACACAAGUCAGCUGCAAACGCAACAGCAUCAGCAACAACAACAACAAACCGCUCAACAGCAACAGCAAAACAAUGUUGCUGCUGCUGGCGACAACAAUAAUGAUAUCAUAGAAAUUUUGCAAUUAACCCCAACCAAUACUUCUACUUCUUCAACGCUAACUCAUCAUCAACAUCAUGCCUCUAAUCAUCCACCACAAUCAAAAACCUUGCAAUCCCCCGCAAACUUGGCAACAACUUCUACAACCACAUCGGCUGGUAUACACCACAGAACGCCAGAUAGCGGCAUCUACUCCUCCUCGUCCUUUGUGGCGAACAGCAGCACCGUCUCGAAUGCCUCCUCGAGCAGCAGCAGUAGUAGCGGUGGUUGCGGUGGAUUAAAAUUCAGUUACGAACCUCAAGCCGCGGUCAUCGAUUCGCCGGCAGCACAUUUACUCACCGCCGUCACAACAGCAACAGCGUCGUUAACCGCAAUGACGACCAAUAUCACCACAACCACCUCUACCACAACCAUUAAAGACUCACCGCCCAGCUCACCAGGCUCCGAAAUCGGUGCAGUGGCAACAGCGCCACGGAAACGCGGACGUAAAGCAAAAGAUCCACUUGCAAAUGCGAAUGAGACAAAAGUUGAUGUCAAAGUGUUUCAGAAUGGUGGUCAUGUCUUAGGUGCCACGCCCACAACUGCCGCUGCAGCAAAUAUGGCGAACAGUGCGCCGACAGGUGUGUCCAGUAGCGGUUCGACGUUGCACACCGCUGCCCACAUGCUCGGCAAUCAACUCAAUCCGAAUAGCAAUGUGGCACAGAAGCUCUCCGACCAACUGCACAUGGAAAUACAGGAUCACAGCAUCUACACCGCAGAUGCUGUAACACCGCAAUUCGUGGGUGUACCUUUCCCAGGCAAAUCGACGCGUAAUUCUACUUCGACGCCGAUCUCAACUAGCAACAACACGCUCACAAUCAACUCAGUCAGCGCUGUAACACCCGCAACAGAAAUGACCGGUGGCACAUCACUAGCAUCGAUGUUCGGCAGCGGUGUGAAUGGGAAUAUGUCCAUACCGCAAAGUUUGGAACAACUGCUCGAACGUCAGUGGGAGCAGGGCUCACAAUUUCUCAUGGAGCAGGCGCAGCACUUUGACAUCGCUUCUUUGCUCUCCUGCCUGCAUCAAUUGCAACGUGAAAAUGUACGCUUAGAGGAACACGUGACCAGUCUGAUUGCACGUCGGGAUCACCUGCUAGCUGUGAAUGCACGGCUUGCCGUUCCACUGAAAACGAAUACUACGCAGAGCCAAGCCACGGCCGUAUCAUCGACAGCGAUAUCCACCAGUGUUGCCACCGUCUCGACAACAGCCCCAGCCGCAGGUGUUGCAACAGCGACCUCGGCAAUAGCAGCUGCCUGUGCAGCAGCAGCAAUAGCAACAACAACUGCAGCGGUUAAUGCACUUGGCGGUAACAAUGCGGGCACUGGCGUCGGAGCUACAGGCGGUACUGGUACAAUUGGCCCUGCCAAUGCCGGCACCGCUUUAACAACUGUUGUAACUGCUGCAGCAACGUCACUUGCUACCGCUGUGACCACAUCGCUCACUGCUAUGACUGUGAAUACACGCGUGCCCAAUACGACCACAACGCCAUCAGCUGGUGCAGGGGGUGGGGCACCAACUUCGCGGCUAAAUACAAGUGUGCCACAACAACACGUGUUGGAAAAUGGCAUCGACUUUCGGCAAGCAAGCGCAGCAACGACGACAACGUCAGCGCAUGGUGGUACAAUUGGCAGCGGUGGAGGCGUUGGUCCACCCAUGGGUAUGAGGCACUCCACGGCCAGCUAUGUAAAUGCUUCAGGAAUACCAGCAACCAGCAUUGCAGGCAAUCUGCCAACAGCUAUGCAUCCCAAUAGUCUCGAAGGACUCAGCAACAUGCAUACAACAGCUGCAACCACAGGUGGCGCAGCAACCGCUGUUGUUGGUAUGUCCACAAUGACGGCAAAUCGUCUUGCACAGCAACAACAACAGCACCAACAGCACAUGCAAUCAUUGCAUCAGCAGCAACAGCAACAACACCAGCAUCAUCAAAUGUCGCUUGCGGCCGCACAGCAACAACAACAGCAGCAACAUAUAGCACAAAGUGCCGCCGCAGCAGCGGCCAUGCAUCAUCACCAACAGCAACAACAACAGCAACAGCAGGCUGCUCAUACGCACUUGCACGCCACCCAUCCGCUACAUCUAGCACACACGCAUACACAUGCACCGCACGUGCACACGCAUGCUCCUCAUACACAUCACGCACAUCAAACGCAUCCCAAUGCCCAAGUUAACGUCAACGUCAACUCCGGCAUCGGUGUCGGUGUCGAACCACAUUCACUUGCAUCAACGCGUCUCGGCAGCGUCGGCGGAAAUGGCGGUAUGGGGGGCAUGGUUGGACCACACAUUGGCAAUAAUAAUAAUCCGAAUAGCAGCAACAACACCGCGGCAUCACGAGGUGGGUCAACAACCGCGACGACAACAACAACAUAUGCUAUUGGUAGUGGUGUGAGUGGUGGUGGUGGUGGUGGUGGCGUUAGUGGAGGUGUCGUUGGUGGCGGCGGUGGUGCCGGUAAUACCACAUUACUCGCAUCGGAUAGCAGCCACCCCACAUCCGCCGCCGCGUAUACUCCUCACUCGCUCUAUACUCAUCAUCAGGUAUCGCAGCUAAGACGCGACGAUAACCUAGUAAAGCCCAGCUGAAAAUCGACAGCAGCUUUAUUGGCCUUUCGCCCUAGCCGUCAGCCACA